AUGGCACUUAGGUUCCAGUCUGUCAGAAUCCAGAGAAACUGGGCGGUUCUGUUGUUGGUGGCGGUGGCGCUCCUGUUGUACAGUAACCCGUUUCUGAGACUCUGGUGGUUUCAUAGACCUGCAGAGGACCUGGAUACGGACGUCCUGCCUCUGGGUCUGGCUACAGAGUCCAUUGACGACAUGUACGACGGCUGUCGGUCUGAAAGCGUCCCUAUGAUCGAACUGCUUGGCGUGUUUGAGUGGCACGUCAAUAAGCAAUUCGGCGUCGCCUGGAGUUUAGUUGAAAGAAUUGCCAAGAAGCCCGUGCACAAGCUCCUGACAGACGAUCAUUCCAAAGCCGUGUACACGUUCACCCGUUUUGGAAGCAUCCGGCAAACUUUCAACACAGCAUUAAAAACGGGGAAACACAAAUACAGCACGGACAUGUUUAGGUUUCACUAUUUCUACUUCUAUUUGACGGACGCCAUCCAAGUUCUGAACAACCGGACGUCGUGCAGAACCACGUACCACACGACGUGGGAACGCUUUGAGCGGAACAUCAACAACACAUACGUACGUUUUGGAGCUCUGACUUGGGCCGUGUCAAGCAAGCGGUCGUUACAGUUCAGCAGCGACGUCUCCUGUUUUGAGAUCUACACGUGCUUUGGUGCCGACAUCACGUACUACUCCAGCACGAGCCGAAAGGAACAGAUGCUCAUCCCUACCUACGAGGUUUUUAAAGUGACGGACGUCCUGACAAAUGAACCGUGGUGCAGCGUGGUCUACAAGCUACACAGCACCAAAACACCGAGGACGGACCAGAACUGCAAACUGUUUCAAAGCCUAAAAACGUUUUUCUAUCCGAGUUUGACACCCUUGCAUGGAGGCAACGUUGUUGUGAUGUCAACAUGCGUGCUACUGUUGGUGAUCAUUUCCUUUAUUCUUGUAAAACGUAACCAGAAGUGUUAUGUGGCAGCUGUGCUGGGGGGUUUGCUGCUGGUGAUAACUGUUGCACUGUUACUGGGUUAA